AUGAUGGGGAUGAUAGGGGUGAUGGGGAUAAAGGGGGUGAUGGAGAUGAUGGAGGGUGAUGGAGAUAAUGGAGAUCAUGGGGAUGAUGGAGAUGAUGGGGAUGUUAGGGGUUAUGGGGAUGUUAGGGGUUAUGGGGAUGAAGGGGUUGAUAGAGAUGAUGGAUGUGAUAGGGAUGACUGGGGUGAUGGAGGUGAUGGGGAUGAUGGGGGUGAUGGGGUUGAUGGGGAUGAUGGGGAUGAUGGGGGUGAUGGGGAUGAAGGGAGUGGUGGAGAUGAUGGAGGUGAUGGGGAUGACGUAGAUGAUGGAGUUCAUGGAGAUGAUGGGGAUAAUGGGGUAUACGGGGAUGAUGGGGAUGAUGGGGGUGAUGGGGAUGAUGGAGAUGAUGGAGAUGAUGGAGAUGAUAGGGAUAAUGGGGGUGAUGGCGGUGAUGGGGAUGUUGGGGGUGAUGGGGAUAAAGGGGAUGAUGGGGAUGAUGGAUAUGAUGGGGAUGAUGUGGAUGAAGGGGGUGAUGGGGAUGAUGGAGAUGAUGGGGGUGAUGGGGAUGAAGGGGUUCAUGGAGAUGAUGGGGAUUAUGGAGAUGAUGGAGAUGAUGGGGAUGAAGGGGGUGAUGGGGGUGAUGGAGAUGAUGGGGAUGACGGGGGUGAUGGGGAUGAUGGGGAUGAUGGAGGAGAUGUGGAUGAUUGGGGUGAUGGGGAUGAUGGGGUUGAUGAUGAGGGGAAUGAUGUGUCUGAUGAGGAUGAUGGGUGUGAUGGGGAUGAUGGAGAUGAUGGGGUGAUGGGGAUGAUGGGGGUGAUGUGGAUGAUGGAGAUGAUGGAGAUGAUGGAGAUGAUUGGGAUGAUGGGGAUGAUGGGGGUGAUGGGGAUGAUGGAGAUGGAAAAUUGGUAUAUAAGGACAUUUGGGGGUGAUGGGGAUGAUGGGGGUGAUGGGGAUGAUGGAGAUGAUGGAGAUGAUGAGGAUGAUGGGGUUGAUGGGGAUGAUGAUGGGGAUGAUAGGGGGGGUGAUGGGGAUGAUGGGGGUGAUGGGGAUGAUGGAGAUGAUGGGGAUGAUGAGGAUGAUGGGGUUGAUGGGGAUGAUGGGGAUGAUAGGGGUGAUGGGGAUGAAGGGAGUGAUGGAGAUGAUGGAGGUGAUGGGGAUGACGUGGAUGAAGGGGGUGAUGGGGAUGAUGGAGAUGAUGGAGAUGACGGGGGUGAUGGGGAUUAUGGGAGUGAUGGGGAUGAUGGGUGUGAUGGGAUGAUGGGGAUGAUGGGUGUGAUGGGGAUGAUGGAGAUGAUGGAGAUGAUGAGGAUGAUGGGGUUGAUGGGGAUGAUGGAGAUGAUGAGGAUGAUGGGGUGCAUGGGGAUGAUGGGGAUGAUGGGGUUGAUGGAAAUGAUGAGGGUGAUGGGGAUGAUGGAGAUGAUGGAGAUGAUGGAGAUGGAUGAUGAUGGGGAUGAUGGGGGUGGGGAUGAUGGAAAAUUGGAUGACCUUGGGGGUGAUGGGGAUGAAUGGGUGAUGGAGAUGAUGGGGAUGAUUGGGUUGAUGGGGAAUUGGGAUGAUGGGGGUGAUGGCGGUGAUGGGGAUGUUGGGGGUGAUGGGGAUAAAGGGGAUGAUGGGGAUGAUGGAUAUGAUGGGGAUGACGUGGAUGAAGGGGGUGAUGGGGAUGAUGGGGAUGAUGGGGUUGAUGGAAAUGAUGAGGGUGAUGGGGAUGAUGGAGAUGAUGGAGAUGAUGGGGAUGAUUGGGGUGAUGUGGAUGUUGGGGGUGAUGGGGAUGAAGAGGGUGAUGGAGAUGAUGGGGAUGAUUGGGUUGAUGGGGGUGAAGGGGGUGAUGGAGAUGAUGGGGAUGAUGGAGAUGAUGGAGAUGAUAGGGAUAAUGGGGGUGAUGGCGGUGAUGGGGAUGUUGGGGGUGAUGGGGAUAAAGGGGAUGAUGGGGAUGAUGGAUAUGAUGGGGAUGACGUGGAUGAAGGGGAUGAUGGGGAUGAUGGAGAUGAUGGGGGUGAUGGUGAUGAAGGGGCUCAUGGAGAUGAUGGGGAUUAUGGAGAUGAUGGAGAUGAUGGGGAUGAAGGGGGUGAUGGGGGUGAUGGAGAUGAUGGGGAUGACGGGGGUGAUGGGGAUGAUGGGGAUGAUGGAGGAGAUGUGGAUGAUUGGGGUGAUGGGGAUGAUGGGGUUGAUGAUGAUGGGGAUGAGGGGAAUGUGUGUGUGAUGAGGAUGAUGGGUCUGAUGAGGAUGAUGGGUGUGGUGGGGAUGAUGGAGAUGAUGGGGUGA